AUGGCGUUUUCGGGCGCAGUGACCUUGACGGACCUCAACGAUUUCAUUACCCCAUCACAAGCAUGUAUCAAGCCUGUAGAAGUAAAGAAAGCUCCAAUUUCGGAUGCUAAAGGGGCUGCCUUGACCGAUAUUCGUGUCGAUGAUACAGGAGCGUACUAUGAAGUAGAGAUUGGCCCCAAGGCAACUGGAGCUCCGAGCCAAAAGUUGACCAAAGCUGAGAUCAGUCUAAACGACUGUCUUGCAUGCAGUGGAUGUAUCACCUCUGCGGAAUCGGUUCUUAUCACGAUGCAGUCGCAUGAAGAAGUCAUGAGCUUUCUUCAAUCAAACCCUCCGCCAGGUGACCCAGACCACAAAAUACCGGUUCUAUCGAUAUCACCUCAAUCACUGGCCUCUCUAUGUUCCGUCUCUCGCGCCAAGUCAUCUAGUGGAUCUCCAUCUAUGCGAGGUGUACUGGACAGUGUCAAGGCGUUUGCGUCGGCAGAGCUGGGAUUCGAACAUGUCUUUGAUACAACGUUUGCACGUCAUAUGGCACUACGAGAGCACAUAUUAGAAUACGAGGAGCGGUCUGCAGCUUUCAAGAAUAAGGAAGAGGGAUCCCUGCCUAUGUUGGCCAGCGCAUGUCCCGGAUGGAUCUGUUAUGCAGAGAAGGCGCAUGCGGAAAUGCUUCCAUUCAUCAGUAGAACAAAAAGUCCGCAGCAAGUGAUGGGGACACUCGUCAAGGAAUGGCUCGGGCGGAAGCUCCAGAAGAGGCGAAUUUAUCAUGUUACGGUCAUGCCAUGCUACGACAAAAAAUUAGAAGCGUCUCGGCAAGAUUUUUACAAUGAGCAGUACCGCACCCGAGACGUGGAUUGUGUUCUCACGACAGGAGAAUUGGAGAACCUAAUGAGCAUCAAGAGAUGGAAUAGUGAUCAUCAGAAUCAUUCCCCUGCUUUGGAGACGUUUGGCAUCCCUGACCUAUUCAUGCCACCCGGCUCGAGCUCAGGAGGAUGGCUACAAGCCAUUAUCGACCACAUAGUCGAGAGGGAGCGGCUCCAAGGCAGGACAUGCAAUAUACGAACCAAGACCAUUCGCACGUCCGACUACGAGGACGUCGUUGUCGAAGCUGUCAAUCAGUUCAACCAAACCGAGGUUGUGUUCAGAGGCGCCAAAUGCUACGGAUUCCGAAAUCUACAAAAUGUGGUCAGAAAAGUUGCCAAGGAAGCAGGAGUUAAAGGAUCGGGAUCAGCCGGGAGAGCGACGCGAGGUCGUGUCACUGGUGUGACUGCGGCAUUGCGAGCUCGUCGUGCAAGGAAAGGAGAAGAGGCAUUGACACAGACCGAGCUUGGCGAUGAUCGGCCAUACGACUAUGUAGAAGUAAUGGCCUGUCCGGCAGGAUGCGUCAAUGGCGGUGGACAAGCUCGCAGGCCUAUCAAGGCAGAAGAAAGUGGAGAUGUAGUCAACCUAGUGAAUGGGGAUACCGCUGGGAUGGGCUCUCGCUGGGGAGAUAGGGAAUGGGUCAAGGCCGUCGAGGAGACGUAUUGGAAUGUCGACCAAGACAAUUCCCUAUUGGACCGGAUGAAUUCCCUAGCCGAACUUGUGGUUACAGAGUUUGGUCCACAAGAUUCGACUGAGCCCCCCGACGUUCGCAGACAUGUGGCGUUGCGGACCCAAUACCGCGAAGUACAAAGCGAUGUGAUCGGCUUGAAUGUCAAGUGGUGA